AUGGCUGAUGAAAGCCUUGAGGCCAUCCAGCAGCUGAGGGCCUCCAUUGAAGAACAAGGCCGUGAAAUCCAACGACUUCUUGAAAGACAUUCGCAGCUAGAGCAGCAGCUCCAUGGCUUGGAAAGUCGUGGCCAGGACCAGGCUUUGCAUGAGCCCAAGGCUCACGAAUCCGAUCUUCCUGGACGAGCUAGCAAUGGUCCACGACUUUCUCUAGAAUCCGUGAAGUCUGCCACCCCUGCGAAAGCAUCGGCACUUCCACCAGUCGCCGAGCCACUCUCCAAGAGGCUGGCGAAAGCCAUGCCGCAGCUCAGGGAGAGUCAGCAGUCAGCGCCGCUGACGGCACAACCGAAGGAGGGCAGAGACGUGUGCAUGGAUGCGAUCGACCUUCUCGACGACUUGCCUGAAGAGGCGAUCGAUGAGGAUCGGCAGGAGAAUGAGGACGACGACAUCGAGGUGCAGAUGGAUGUUGAGAAUUCUCGCGUCAGUCCACCUACCAGUACCAGCUUCACAGCAACCUUUCGCUCCUGGGACUCCCUCGCCGCUUUGCUACAAUCGGCAGGCUUUUGUACGACGAUGGCGACCGCCUUCACCUGCUUGGAACUGUCGCGGGCUGUGAAGGAUGCAGCUUUCGCCUUCCGUCAGUGGUUUCCCUCGCGGGUCCUCGUGAUGGGUGGCGUUUCCAGCAAUCCUGCCAACAGCUUGUCGUCAACCGAGGUCUUUGACCCAAGGCACGGCUCCUGGGAAGCCGGGCCGUCGUUGCUGGAACCUCGAGGGCAUGCUGCCGUCGUGUGCAGUGCUGGCGUGGUGUAUGUCAUUGGUGGUAAGGAUGGACACCGAGCCCUUGCUUCGGUGGAGGAGUACUGUGCAGAAACGCAUGUGUGGAGAAGUGCGCCGGCCCUGGCUACUCCUCGCUGGGGUGCGGCGGCACGGCAGCUGGGAGAUCAGGUGUUUGUGAUGGGUGGCUGCAGUGACACGGAGACACUCCGAAGCUGCGAGAAGUUGCCAAGUUCAACAGCCGAUGACCGCUGCUGGCAGACAGCGCCGCCUUUGAUCCAGCGCAGGGCCCACUCAGCAGCAGCCGUCCUCGAUGGUGCUCUUUUCGUGAUGGGAGUUCGGCUCCGGGUGAUCGUGGGCCGUGGGUGGGGUGGCUGCUGCGCCCCCACAAUUACCACAACGACAGAAGAUCGUGGCGCUGCGAUCUUGCGGGGGCUCAGAAGGCGUUGGAGGGAGCGGAGGAGACCAAAGAGUUUCGACGACGCUCAAUUCCCCAGGCACAACAUGAAGAAUGUAUGGAAGUGGAUAUUCAGUCAGUGGUGGAUCAUGACGAUCGGGUGGUAUUUUUGCGCUGUUGCUGUGGUCGUUGCUGUCAAGCGCGAGAAGCACAAGUCCAUGCUGACAUGUGUCGCCAACUUGGCCAUUGGUUGGCCAUUGGUUGCACCGCUUGCUUGCUGGCAAGGAUUACGGAAUCUGCGGGUCCAUUUCAGCAAAGUGAUGGCAAUCGCAAUCCUCGCUGGGCUGGAGCGGAACUUGACAAAUUCUUCCCUUUACAAGAUCGGAGGUUCGCUGAAAACCGCCCUGCACGGCUUCAAUGUGCCAUUGGCCUUUCUCAUGGCGGCACUGUGCGGAGUCGACGAUCUCGGACGGAGCUGCCUCUUGGGGUGCGGCUGCGGGAAGAACCUGCUGUUGACCCUCGCGCUCGUCCUGAUUGCUGCGGGAUCCAUAGUUACUGCAGCCAUCGGCGAUGGUACAGGUGACUCCUGGCAUGGUGACCUUCUGGGCGUCUUCCUGCAGGUCGCCUCUAGUGUGGCCUACGCCCUCAAGUUUGCGGUUGCGAAGAUGCUGUUCAAUUCCGGCGAUCCGCAGAAUGCUACGGGUGUGGACCCAGGCUCUCUCCCUCCCUCGAAAGUGCAGAUAGCCUUUGUGGUCAACCCGAUCACAGGUUUGAUGAGUCUGCUGUUCUUACCUUUCUUCGAAAGCAAUUUCGCGCUUCCCUCCGUGGAUUCCACCGUGGUCGUUGGGAUCUGUGCCACGGGCAUUUUGGUUUUUGAGCUGCUUCUGACCGAGCUGACGUCUCCACUCACAGUGUCUGUGCUCGGGGUCAUGCACAACGUAGUGAUCGUCGUUUUCUUCACACUCACGGGGGAGAGGAUGAGCACUGGGCAGGUUGCCGGCUUCACAGUCUCGACUGCAGGGGCGAUCUGCUAUGCAUGUGCACGCAAGCGGCAGGCGGGCAGCACCGGCUCCGAGAUGACAUGGACGGCUGAGCGUUUGGAUGUGGAGGCAAGCUGCUGGACCAUUGAGAAAGUCCUGCCACAGGUGCCUGUCCGUUUGGGAGCAACCUUGGUGUGGAGCAUUCAAGGUCUGGUGUCGAUCGGCGGUGUGCUUGGAGGGCAAUCCUGCCCAACGGCCUGUACAGAGUGCUUGACGCUGCAGCGCCACGGAGCGACUCUGUGGCUGCAGAUUCCGAGCUGGAGGAUACCUCGCCUGGCGCCAGCAGUCAUAACUUCUUGCGAGGGCAACAUCUUCGUCAUGGGUGGGAGCCAUAAAAAAGAGGCCUCCAACUUUACGGAGAUGUGGGUGCAAGAGCAGCAAUGCUGGAGAGAGCUGCCUCCGAUGCUGGCCGCCCGUGAGGGCGCUUUUGCUGCUGUACUUCGGUGA